CGGACAUUGGGUUUGAUAUCACGAGCAUACGGAGAAAACGUGCUAAAUUUGCCCUUUUCGAGUGCCAGUAUCGCCCAUUCUUUCGAAUCUCGAGAAACGUCAACCUCUCCUUGCUCGGCCAUACCACGCACCUCCGCCCGAAGGCUGAAGCCCAGCGAUUACAAUAUCCUGACCAUCAGGCUACGGUUACGCUGUUAAUGAUGCAUGCGCUUCAUCUAUCGAGCAGAAGCAUUGUGGCUGAGCACACCCGCGAAAAUUGUUCUCGAACUCAUGGCUUUGGAUACGUCGCAUUUCGACUCGUGUUCACACCACUCUGCAGCUCCAAUGAGGCUAUCGGACCGCAUGGCAAAAGAAUACUAUUUCCGGAUGUUUCAGGAUGCGGGGUCUACGAAGGAGCAUGAUAUGCUGCUGCCAAUGGCGUUUAAUCGGGACGAAACCGAUACGCGUUGAUUCGUUUAUUGGCUUACUCCAUGGCAUGGUCUGGAAGGCCUAUGGAGAGGAUGGGAAGUUGUACGAAGAGAACCAUUUCAAUAAUCUGGUAUCACUCGAGUAAUGGCGAAAGUCAUGCUCAGUAAGAUCAAGCUUAUACGUUCUCAGUACAACACCCCAGCAUAGAAAGAUCCAGCUUUACAUCACGAGCACACGAAUGGCCUUUAUUGCUGUC